UACAAAACUCGAUUCUUUCUUUAUAACAACGCUUCCCUCCACGCUUUCAAUCCAAAAAUCUCCACUCUCUCCCCCUGCCCUAUCAUGCUUCUACCAUCCACUCCCCCUCUCUCCCUUCUCCUCAUCUUCUUCAUCCACAACUUGCCACCUUACAUGGCGGCAAGACCAGAACCCGAAUUUGCAUCCAACCAACUAACCGAAACAACUCCCAGUAACUACUACUACUACUACUACUACCACAAUAGGUUCCUGAAUUCCCGAAGAGGCAGCCACGUCAGCGGCUUGUCGGAGAUCAAGAAAUACUUCCACUAUUUCGGUUAUCUAACAUCGCAAGAUUAUGACGUAUCAGAUGACAUGUUCGAUGCUCCGUUGGAAUCGGCUGUCAUUUAUUACCAAUCAAAGCUUGGGCUUCAAGUCACCGGUAAGCUCGAUUUCGAUACGCUCUCUCAAAUUUUAGCUCCAAGAUGUGGUGUUCCCGACGCAGGAUCAUCUCCUGCUUUGCAUGCAACAAAAAACUACGUAUAUUUUCCUGGGAAACCUCGAUGGGCACGUCGCAUUCCGAUGACUCUGACGUAUGGAUUUUCCCCCGACUAUAUGAUUCGGUACUUGAGCUUAUCGGACAUAAGAAAAACCUUUAAAGGAGCUUUCUCGAAAUGGGAAUCAGUUAUUCCCGUGAGAUUUGUAGAAACAGAUGAUUAUGGGUUUGCUGAUAUCAAGAUAGGGUUUUACGCUGGUGAUCAUGGUGACGGAGAGCCGUUCGAUGGGGUGUUGGGCAUCCUAGGCCACUCGUUUUCUCCCGAGAGCGGGAAGCUUCAUCUCGAUGCGGCUGAGAUGUGGGCAGUUGAUUUUCAAGUGGAGAAAUCGAAGGUAGCCAUAGAUUUAGAAUCUGUAGCUGUUCAUGAGAUCGGGCAUUUGUUAGGGUUAGCUCAUAGUCCAGUUAAAGGGGCUGUCAUGUACCCAAGCUUGAAACCGAGAGUAAAGAAAGUUGAUCUAUCGCUUGAUGACAUACAAGGAGUCCAAUCUCUCUACGGAACAAACCCUAAUUUCACAUUCAGUUCUUCGUUGGAAUCUGAUACUUCAGCAAACCCCGCCGUUGGUUCGAGAUUCGAACCAUCUUUAUGGGCCAUGUCGAUGCUCCUGGCAGCUUGCUUCUGCAUUUAAAUUUCCUUGUUUCAUUUUCUUUUUCUUUAGAGAACAAAGACAAAAGAUUAGAAUGGUGAUCAGGUCUCGAUUCUGCGGUCUCUGUUGCAUAGUAAGAGCUGCCGGGACCCUUGAUUUAGGAUACUUAAUUUUGCAGUCAUCAAUGGAGAUUCCGAAAUCAAACGGAGCAGAAGAAUGACUGUCCCCAUCAUAUAUAGGAGGAAGCUACAAGAGGAUAACAUUUUAUUUUCAUGUAAAUCUUUAAACAUACUCUAAAAGUGAUUAUUACAAUUAAUUGCAAAAAAUUUAUGUAUAUAAUUAUCAGUUAUUAGGUCCACCAAA